AUGAGAGCUGAAAAGCGGGGGCUGAAGAAGGUUGAAGAACUGAUUGUUAAAGCUGGGACUGUUGAAAAUUUCAAAAUUGUUUUGCCUGCUUCGUUAUCAACUCAAGAAGAUUCAUUUUCUUCUAAUGGUACUUUCGCUGCUCCGGCUACGUCUGUUUGCGAAGGAGAGAACGUUGUUUCUAAAGAAGAAGAAAAUCUGGUCGACGAAGAUGAGCAAUCACAUAACAUUAAAGAUGUUUCAUUAUCAAUUCAAGAGGAGUUAUCAUUUUCUAAUGGUUCUAUAGGUGUUUUGGCCACAUCAGUUGAUCUUAGCUUAAUAACUUCUGAUGUUGAUUUUCCUGUUUUAUCUAGGGAUGAAAAUAAUCAAUUUCUUAAUCAAGAGAAAACAAGAACGGUCUCUUAUAUAAACCCUAGUAAGAUUGUUGAGUUUAAUUAUCAGAAUUCUUUUGUGAUAAAUCCUACUAGGGCAAUAAAUUAUAAACCUUUGUUUCAUACUUCUGUCUAUAAGUUUGAUUACAUAUCUCAAGAAGACAUACCACUGGAAAAUUAUUCUGGAAAGAUUCGUGGUAGAUUUUUCUCAAACGCCGAGAGAGUAUCACUGGAAAAACAUUUAGAAGUAAAGUUUAGAAAUAAGAUUUUUAUCACUGGGUUUGUUUUAGAACAUGAUGGAAUACUUGUUAUUUCUGUUGAUUCGUGGAAAACUACACAUCUAGAACUUGCCGUUAAUACUAUUCCAUGUGUGCGUACUGAGCUGGAGCUAUUGGAACCUAGUGAAAGAUAUGAUUCAUUGCACGGAUGUUUAACAAUAACAAAGCUGGUUCACAAAAGAGAAUUUCAGCUAGGAUGGAUUUGUUUUGUUCAACCUGUAGCUAUACCAAGGACCAAUGCUUAUUUAAAACAAGGUGUUGUUAAUGAUUUUCUGCAGUAUCUGUUAGUUGCUGAAAUCAAAGAAACAAAACUACUUCUUCAAGGUGAUAGUCAGCAUCUUAGGCAUGUCAAAUUAAUUAAUCACGAUCCGCACAUUUUCAUGUAUGGGAAGCUUACAGAUGACAGAAAAGGAAGUAGCGACAAAAUGGAAAUAAACCUUGAAGUAGUUAUUAUGUUGGUGCUAAAUAAUUAUUGUAUUGAUCUCAUGAGUGCGGCAAUGGAGCUCUGUAUCUAUGGAGCAUUUUUAUUGCAUACUGGGACUGGUCCAGUCAUGUUUAAAACAUUGAAGCAGCAAAUGGUUUCUUCUUUGGCUAUAUUUGCUGGUGUAAUUCCAUUAUGGUGUAGUCAACUGAUGGAUGAGUUUCCUUCACAAUUUAGCUUUGAAGAAGGGAGAAUGUUUAUUAAUCCUUCAACUGUACUCUAUGCUACGCAUGGUAAAGGUAAUUGGGAAAAUUACUACGACAGGGGCAAAGAACUUUCAAAAAUAACAAAGCUACUAGUUAAGCUUUUCACAAAGAGAGUCACCAUACAUUUACUACAACAUGAGACCGUUCUUCUAGAUUGGAAACUGCACCUGGAUCAAAAGAAAAUAAGAUGGGGAAUGCUUCAACGACAGCUUUAAUACAACAAUCUUUUCACCACUACUUUUGCAUCGCCGGUUGCAAUAAUUUUAGACAACAUUGUGAACGCCAGACGUUACGUCUAAUUUAGAAGACUUGGUUGGGGAAUGCUAUUUCAAAACAGAAAUCUUAAUAUUGAAGUCAAGGAGCUAUUCAAACGCGCUUUCAAAGGUAUAGCUCGGAAUUUGAAAGGUAUACUUGAUGUACUCAUGGUAGUCGCUGCUUGCCUGGUUUUUAUUCCUAACACUAAUGACGUGACUUUUGUCUUUGAUCGUGGGAAAUUUAAGCACGCCUCUUAACAUGCUUUGAGACACAUUUCUUGGAUACUUUGUUUUAUGAUCUCUAGAGCUACGAGUUUUGUGUUUGAUCAUGGUAAGUCAGUAACGUGAUAUCUACAUUUUUCAUGGAGGAAAAGAACUCGUAUUCUUUGAUAACAGCUUGAAGUCUAGAGCAAUAUAUAGAGAGAAUGAAGUUCUUUUUAUUAGCUAACUCGAGGACGAGUUUCUUUCAAGAAGGGGGGACUAAUGUAGUACAUCCUAUGCUUCAAGACGGUAUCAACUUUGCCAAGUUGCUUGCAUAACGACUGCAUCAACUUUUCCAAGUUGCUCCCAUAACGACUGCAUCAACUUUACCAAGUUUACUUGCUUUGCAAGUCCAUUAUUUUCCUAGUUUAGCUAAAAUUCCUUUUCUUUUCUUUUAGUCGGUUCUUGUGAACCUAUUUAAAGGCCAUGCCUUCUUGUUUAGAGAAUACUAUCUUAUUAUUAUUAUCAACCAACAUUAUUAUCUU